CGGCGUUAACUGUAUACUAACACAUAGCGAUCAACACAAUUGUGAAUAUUAAGCUCUAUACCAUAUCGAACAGUUGUGUCCUGUCUCAUAAUUAGCAAUAUAGAUUUCAAAUUGUUAACCUUGCAGCUCAACUGAUUUCGGGAGACUUUGAAUUAAGCUCUCACAUCAGGUUGUACGAGUAUCUGCUAUCAAGCCAUAUCAUCGACAAUAACGCUUACUUUGCAACCCACAUCAAAAAUAGACAAAAAAAACACUUAGUGAGUAGAGGCAAUCAUGGAUUGUUAAAUUAGAAAUCGAGUUUAAAUCAAUGAUGAACGAGAAGCAAGUAUUAAGAAUUAGUUUCUUCAGAUGGAUAUUUCUCCAAACAGUCACAUUCAGGGGCCGGCGGAAAAUACGCUGACCACCGACCCAGGCCUAACUACUCAGGCACAAGAUUGUACGACCGGAAUGAACACUCCCACCCAGCAGGGAGUGCCGCUGGCCGAUAGUACAGCUACAACUGUUGCUGUGAAGGGGCUCUCCAGCUCUUCCCCUGACUCAGCCAUCGCCUAUCAAGCACCUUCAGACCGCACAGAUAAACACAUUCACGCCGACAAAGACCAGUCGCCAGACCCAGUCACUACAUCGCAACAAAAGGCACCGGACGGCGAAGUCACAGGCGAUCUGAGUGGACAAGUGAACAAGUCACCCACUGGCCAUGCGGAGAGCAGCGCUGUUGAGCAGAGCGCGUGGGUGUGUGUGGGGGGGCGUAAGGUACACGCACGUGACGCGAAAUGCAACGGAGUACGCGCACAUGACGCGGAAGGCACAGCCGUGCCCACGCCUGAAGUGAAAGACAGCGAAGCAGCACACGCCGACGCUGAGAAGGACUCACCCAGCAACAACCAGCCACACACCUCGCCACAGGCACAGGCACAGGCACACCAGGUGUAUAGGGGACAGGGUGAGACGACUGGGCCGACGGAGAUCCAGACACAGGCAUUGAGAUGCGCUGCCCUAUCAGCUGAGGGGCGUUCUAGUGAAGCGGAGACGACCCAGAAUGGCGGAAGCAUGACGCGAGAGAAGGAAAGUGAGAGUGAGAGCGAGGGUAAGGCGAAACGUCUGAGUCUGACAGGGCCGCUCAACCCCAACGCUAAAGAGUUCUCAGGCGCAACAAGGUUCAUGUCGUCAGGGAAGGAUGGACAGGGAUGUGCUACAGCAACGGCUGAUAAUAAUGCCAUAGCAACGGCUGAUAAUAAUGCCAUAGCAACGGCUGAUGAUAGUGCCAUAGCAACGGAUGAUAAUAAUGCCACAGAUGUCAUCGAUGUGGAUACGAUCGAUUGUGAGACCACGACCGCCGCACACAACCUGAUCAGUGAAGUGACGGGACAUGCUGGGUAUAACAAACCAUCAGCCAAACAGUCAGACUCUCAGGACAUGCCCCACAAACCACCAACAGGCCAUAACAGCCACCACAACCCCAGCCACAGCCACAGCCACAAGAAGGAGAAGGGUGCACGUGGUGGUAGGGGAGGCCAUCGAGGCCAACAGGCCAAUGCGAACGGCCAUACGAAACAGAGUAAAGGCAGGCAUGGAGGGGGAGGAGGAGGGUCUUACCGAGAUAAGGAACAGUAUCAACGGCGGUCACAUUUCCGUUUAACCGACGAAUCCAAUGACGACCUUGGACAGUAUGGUGAUGAUGUCAUUCUGGAUACUUUCGACGGUAACCAUGGCAACCAGACCAACAGGAAGGGCUUGGCCAAUCAGAUGUCGCUGAAUCACCUGCUCCGGUUCUCGUACGGCGAUGUGCCGAACGCGCGGGCGGGUAGAUACGGACGAAGGCAACAGAACAGUACACACUCCGAGAAAAACGCAGUGUUCAAGAAGGGACAGUACAUGCAGGCCAACUGUCAGUUUGUGCUGCGCGAUUCCUGUGGUGUCCUCAAUCAACAUCUGCGCAACCCGGAUAAGGAAGUGGACUGGCGAAAUGUCGAAGAGGUGCGGAUGUUCUUCACGGCCAGUGAGAAUAUGCUGUGCCCCAUCUGCCUGUCCCCCCCGUCUCCCGCCAAGACCACGCCGUGUGGCCAUGUGUACUGCUACGGCUGUGUGUUGCAUUACCUACACAUGAGCGCAGGUGCCUGGAGUGAAUGCCCUAUCUGUCACGAACCCAUCUGUGCGGCUGAGCUGAGGUCCAUGACUCCGGUGGAGCAUCCGUCGGUAGAGGUCCACACACCCAUCGACAUGCGCCUGCUGGUCAAGCAAGGACGCUCAUGCAUCUAUCCCACACCCGUGGAUGUUGCUGUUACCACUUCAGGGGGUGGGGUGCGCGAGGUGCUCUCCAUCGGCAGAGACAGUGAUCCUGAGGCGCGUAAGUACACCAAUCUGCUGCAGACAUCGGCCGUUGAGGUACAGCGCAACAUCGUCACGCGCGAACGCAGCGAAUUGGAGCUCAAACUGAAUGACAGCCUCAGCUGUGGGGAAACCGAAGAGGUCUUGUAUCUGCAGAUUGCGCUCGAGAAACUGCGCCAACGAAGUGUUGCGCUGCAUGAAGCUCACGUGGCAACUACUGAGACACACGACCACGACAAGGCCGACCAACCACAGCACACGCAGCACUUGCCACCCCCAAAGCAGGGUCGGGAUGAGCUUGAGCGUGAGAGAGACUCAGAACCCACCUUUCUGUACCAGGCCACCGACGGUCGCAGGAUAUACAUGCACUCCAUCAACGUACGGUGUCUGGUGAAGCAGUUUGGUUCGCUGAGUGCGUCCCCACCCGGUCUUACCGGCAAGAUACUGGACUUAGCCCAGGGGACUGUCACCCACGAGACGCGUAAGAAGUUGAGGUACCUUUCUCAUCUGCCGUUGUCGUCUCAAUUCCUCAUUGCUGAGCUGGAUCUUGAUCAUCUCUUGUCGGAUGAAGUGAUCGCCGAGUUUCAUGACGAAACACAGAAGUUGAAACAAAACAGAGAGCGCAAAGCACAGCGUAUCAAACAGGAGGAAACACGCAUCAUCAGGGAAGAGGAAGCACUGGCACUCAGCAAAGCGUUUAAGCACGAUGUGAACGAUGAGAACGCGUUUCCUUUGGCGCUGAGUGAUAAUCUGAUAAGGGGCUCUACCAGUGCAGAUCUGGAUAUACCCUCCAACGGACACCUGAACCGCACACCCACACCCACGCACGACGCGUUUCCCAGUAUGUCCCCAGAAGAUGCGGUGUUUAUGGCUGUGUUGGAAGAGUCCAAACGCACGGCCGCAAACGAACUCUCCUUCUCCUUCGCUGGUGCUACGAGGAAUACCAAUGCGCAUAGACUGCUACCGAGCGCCGGUAAGAACAAGGCUGCAUCGGACGAUUUUGAUUGGCCCACAAUUGGCUCACCCGCGACAAGCACCGCUCUUCUGUUCACCCAAACGUCGAGCACAAGCUCAACCAAAGAAGUAUCACCCCCUUCAGACACAAGGCGUAAAACGUUUUUCUCGCCACCGCCUGUCUCGGUACCCAAAGCUCCGCCAAUGGAACCACUACAAACGGCAUCAGUCAACUCAGAAUGGGCUCCAGAUUUCCAAACGUCGUUCCAAGACUCGCUGAAUAAAGCCUUCGUAGACCUUGACACGAUACAAGUACCAGCGGACCAGGCUCACCAGGGUAAGAAGAAGAAAGGAGGGAAACGCAGCAAACAGGUUCUGUUCAGCACCACCAGCCAACGCAGGUCUUGAGAUGUUAUAAGACGUGUUCCCGCCGAUCUUCAAUCUACACGUACACAUAUUAGUCACAAUCGAAUAUAGCGAUCAUGCCCAGCGUUUCUGAACCUGCCGCACCGGAUGCAAAAACUUAGGCAUCCAAUCAUAUAGUAAUCAAAUUAGUUUAGUGGCUUAUACAGCCCUCAGUAUUAAAGAAUUACAAUCCACUCG